UGACUCAUCACUAAUAUACUUUAUAACAGAAACACUCAUACUAAUACUUAUUUCAGUCUAAUCUCUCGUCUCAUGAUAACAAAGUCUUUAUUACAAAAUAUAACUUCGCUAAGAAUAACUCAAGAAAUGAAUAGACGAAUAGAAAUUUUAUUUUCUAUUAUUGUGAUUGUCAAUUUAAAUUCAUUUAUCAAUUCAGCCAAUCAAGAACCAUCAUCAUCACUAUUGAAACUUCAGUAUGUUGCUGUUGUUUUCCGCCAUGGGGAUCGGACACCUGAUAAAACAGAAAUGUUUCCAAAUGAUCCAUACAAAAAUCAUGACUUUUCCCCAGUAGGCUAUGGACAACUGACUAAUGAAGGUAAACAACGAGUGUACAAAUUAGGUCAGCUUCUUCGUACUCUUUACAAUGACUUACUCGGUGACCUUUACAACCCAAAAAAUCUAAUAGCGCGUAGUACUGAUUAUCCGAGAACCAGAAUGUCAUUACAAGUAUUAUUAGCUGGGCUGUUUCCUCCAAAAGAAUCGCAAGUGUGGAAUAGAAAUUUAGCCUGGCAACCGUUGGUGACAUCUUAUGUCGCAAGGGCUGAAGACUCUCUUUUGGUACCGAUUCUGUGCCCAAGAUACAUAGCGGAGUUGGAAAAAGUAAAAGAACUUCCGGAAGUAAAAAAUAAAAUUGACGAAUUUCUUCCUCUUAUGCGAAAUCUCGCUCUACUUACUGGCAAAAAUAUAUCGUCGCCUUUUGAUUUAUUACUUCUUUACAAUGUUUUGAUGGCUGAGUCAUCGAUGGGGCUGCCACUUGACAAAUGGGCCAUGGAAAUUUUUCCUCAUGGUUUAUUGUUGGAUGGAACUGUUCUAGACUACGAAAUUAAAAAUUCAAAUGAAAAUCUGAAAAGAUUGAGAGGCGGAAUGCUGUUACGAAAUAUUACUGACACGAUGAUGGGUGUAAUUAAUGGAUGGGGAAAUGCAGAUAAAAAAAUGACGAUAUUUAGCGGACAUGACACAAAUGUGGCUUCUCUUCUCUUCAUUUUUGGCGCGUACACACCUCACAUGCCUGAAUAUUCUAGCAGCGUUAUGGUUGAAUUGCUAAAUAAUAGUACAGAUUACUACGUUAGAGUCCGUUAUUAUUUGGGAAUCCCACCGACACUAAGAGAAAUUCAAAUUCCAGGGUGUGAUAUUUUGUGUCCGUUUAAUAAAUUUAUGGUUUUGAUGAAAAAUUUGAUUGCCACUGAUGCGGAAAUGAUUCUGAAUUUAUUUCUUCAACGAAUUAUACAGAUGGAGUUUAAAUUUUUAGUUUUUUUAUUUAUCACUAAUUUUAUUGCGGGUGUCAUUUCAACAGACUAUGAAUUAAAAUUUGUGACAGUUGUUUUUCGUCAUGGGGAUCGUACACCACAAGAUAAAGAAUUUUAUCCAAAUCAUCCGUAUCUGCAUGAUGAUUUUUAUCCUAUAGGCCGCGGACAAUUGACAGUUGCUGGUAAACGGCGGGAGUAUCAAUUGGGUCAGGCCCUGCGUAAUCUCUACGAUGGUUUUCUGGGUGAUAUUUAUAAUCCAAAAGAUAUAAUAGCACGUAGUACAGGUUUUGAUAGAACAAGAAUGUCUUUGCAACUCGUCCUCACUGCGAUGUACCCGCCAAAAGGUCCACAAGUGUGGAAUAACACUUUGAAUUGGCAGCCGAUUCUUACAUCUUAUGUUCCGGAAGCCGAUGAUACUCUUUUGAGACCAAAUUUAUGUCCACUGUAUAAAGAAGAGCUUGAAAGAGUAAUAAAUUCUCCUGAAUUGCAAAGCGAAAUCGACCGAUUUCGGCCGCUUAUGCAAAACCUCACUGCAAUCACUGGAAAAGAAAUCUCGUCAACCAAAGAAUUGGCUCGUUUGUUCAGUGGACUGGUAGCAUUAGAGGCAAUGAAUCGUCAGCUUCCUGAAUGGUGCGAAGGAAUUUUUCCCGAGGGUUUGCUUACCGAAGCAUCAAACUUUGAAUAUAAAUUGAUAUUCUUCAAUGAUACUCUUAAGAGGUUGUCCGGUGGUGUGAUUCUUCGAAAUAUCACUGAUACCAUGAGCGAUAUUGUUUAUGGAAAACUUAGUAACCAUCAGAAAAUAAAUAUUUUCAGUGGUCAUGACCUAACUGUUGCGGCUCUUCUCGCUGUUGUAGGUGAUCUUGAUCCACAUAUCCCAAAAUAUUCCGCCACUGUUAUGGUCGAGCUACUUCAGAAAAAUGAUAAUUACUACGUUAAGUCGCGCUAUUAUCAGGGAAUCCCACCGACUGUCGUGGAUUUAAAAAUACCAGGAUGUGAUACUGUGUGCCCAUUUAAUGAGUUUAUGACAUUAAUGACAAACUUACUACCUUCUGAUGAAGAAUUAAAGUGUAAUAAGAAGUAAUUUUUUACCUGCUCUGAGAUUAUAGUAAAGAAUAA